AUGGCUGUCCUCUCUCUCAUGACAUUGGCCUUGGCCUUUUCCUCCCAGGCUAUGGCCGCCCCUCGCCCUCGUCCUCAGGGCUUCGGUGAUUUCCCCGGAGGUUUCCCCGGCAGCGGACUCGGCGGUGGCAUCCCAACUGGUCUGCCCAGCGGCAUUGGUGGUGGUGCUGGCGGUCUGCCCACUGACUUGCCCACUGGUAUCAUCCCUGGUGGUGAUUCUGGUAGCCUGCCUACUGGUCUUAUCCCCGGUGGCGACGGCGAGUCGCCCGUCCAGACCCCCGGUGCUGGCUUCGGCGGCAACUUCCCCAGCGGCGGUGGUAGCUUCCCCAGCGGUGGCUUCGGUAACUUCCCCGGCAGCGGCAACAGCGACGCCCCUAUCCAAACCCCCGGCGCUGGUUUCGGCGGCAGCUUCCCCAGUGGCGGUGGUAGCUUCCCCAGCCGUGGCAGCGGCGAUGCCCCUAUCCAGACUCCCGGUGCCGGCUUCGGUGGCGGAGACAACUCUAUCAUCCCUACCGGCGGCUUCGGUGACAUUGGUGCCCGUGACGCCGCUCAAACUCCUGGCGCCGGCUUUGACUUCCCUACCGGCGGCAGCGACGGUGGUGACGCUCCUGCUUUCCCAACCCAGACCGGCGGCUUCGGUGGCUUCCCCAGUGGCUUCCCCAGCGGCGAUGCUCCCGCUUUCCCUUCUCAGAGCGGAGGUUUCGGUGGCUUCCCCGGAUUCGGCGGUCGCCACGGUGGUCGCCACGGUCACCACAGCGGCUCCGAGACCCGAACUCCCGGUGCUGGCUUCGGUGGUUUCCCCGGCGGUGAUGCUACCGACGCUCCCGCGCCCACUCUUGUCCCUACCCCCGGUGCCGGUCAGGGUGGCUUCGGUACUGCUCCCGGAGGCAGCAUUCCCACCUUCAUCGCUACUCCUGGCGCCGGCUUCGGUGGUGCUGAGGGCGCUCCUUCUGGUGCUCCUGGUGCCAUCCCUACCUUCAGCGCUGCUCCCGGAAACGGUGCUGGUAACUUCCCCGGCGGUGAUGACAACCAGGAGCAGCCCACUGGUGCCAACGACGCUUCCGGUGAGAUCCCCACCUUUGCUGCCACUCCCGGAGUCCCUCUCGGCGACAACAACGAGGCCACUGUCGCUCCCUCUGGUUUCCUCACCCAGACCCGACCAUCCUUUUAA